CAGCCAAUCGGGAGGUUAGGAAGGCGGUUGCCAAGGGCAGGUUCCCAUGGCAAUGGCGGUGUUUCCGGGAGCGCACGUUCUCUCAUUUGGUGUGACCAUUCGUCGUGGGGGUUUUUUCCUUUUCUUUUUUGAUUGUUGGAGACUUUUUCUCGGCAGGAGGGUCUUCCGGCGUGUUGAGCCGGUCAGGAGGGGUGGUGGGCGUGGAUGCAGGGUUAACGUGACGUUAAUUGUGAUGGCGUCACAGAUGGCAGGAACUUCCAGACACGACCGAGAGAUGGCACUCAACGCCAAACGGCAGCUGACGUCAUGCUCCGACCCGCUAGAGAGACUCCGCCUCCAAUGUCUGGCCAGGGGCUCGGCUGGCAUCAAAGGUCUCGGAAGAGUGUUCCGCAUCAUGGAUGACGACGCCAAUCGGUCGCUGGACUUGAAGGAGUUUCUCAAGGGCAUCCAUGACUUCGGCCUCCCGAUGGACAGAGAGGAAGCGGCGGCCGUCUUCCAGCGCUUUGACCGCGACGGUAACGGCACCAUCGACUUUGACGAGUUCCUAGUCACGCUGCGGCCCGCCAUGUCCAAGGCCCGCAGAGACGUGGUGAUGCAGGCCUUCCACAAACUGGACAAGACCAAAGACGGCGUGAUCACCGUAGAAGACCUGAGGGGCGUCUACAACCCCAAGUGCCACCCCAAGUACCAGAACGGCGAAUGGAGCGAGGAGCAGGUCUUCAGGACCUUUCUGGACAACUUUGACUCGCCGUACGACAAAGACGGCAAGGUGACGCAUGAGGAGUUUGUCAACUACUACUGCGGCGUCAGCGCCUCCAUCGACAACGACGCCUUCUUUGUCCUGAUGAUGAGGAACGCGUGGAGGCUCUGAAAUGGUGACUCAUCGCGGCGCAGCAAUAUGACGGGGUGGAGCCAAGGCAGGUCACCGUUGCCUACUCGGCCAUCGCUUACGUGCGCAUAGAAAUAAAGUGGAAAGCAGUCA